GAUAAUCAAACAUUUUACCAUCUAUUAACACUAUACACAGUAAAUAAAUUUGACCUUUGACUGAGUUUAGGGGAUUGCGUAUGUCUCGUUGCUUCCUCCUAGUGGUUAAAGGGUGUAACACUUACUGCACAAUUGCAUUUCUAAUCUAUGUAAAGUUAGCUAUACUAAAAUAAUCAUGACAACUCAGCUGUUUUCCUAAUUGUGUUUCAGGCUGAUUAUAUACCAUAUUCAUAGCAAUAGGAAACCAGUGGCCCUGUGCACACAGUCUCACAUGCGCGCUGUGCCUGUCUGAACUGUCAGUUCUAGGGGGCCUGCAGAAAACCACCAGCAGUCUGCUGACACCUCCUGGCGUUAUUUACACCCACAGGAGAUGCAGAAAAUAGCACUCGUGACCCUGGAAUAGUACUUAUAGAACUAGAAUUAUGUUUUUUUGUUUUUUGUUUUAUUUUGUUUUUUGUUUAACGACUUGGAUUUAUUCGUUGCUACCAUUAAAUCACAGCCAUGGAUGCACUUUGCCGAUGGUGAGAAUGCCUCAAACUUUUGCCACCCCGUGGGGAACGAUGUGAACUACAGCGGCGGCUCAAAGCCCGGAUGGAGCAGCCAUUGGGGAAGUGUACAGGGCUUUAACGUAACUGAGGAGGUCUCUCUCUCUCUCUCUCUCUCCCUCUGUGGAAUAAAAAAAAAGACAAAGUAAGAGGCGACCGAAGAUUGAAAUAUUCACGGUCGAAAAGGCCCGUUCGGCGACACGUACCAUCAACUUGAAUACCUUUACCGGGGACUUGACUGCUUUCGGACGCAGUAUCCGAAGCGACUGACUUGAACUGUGGAAGUUGGGAUACGUCCGCACAGCGGAAAAUAUACAGCUGAGCCUGCGCUACAACUGCUAGCCACACGCUAAGCGGCGCAGCUAGCCACAAAGCUAACUGUAACUGAGCUGUGAACUUGCUUUUCAAAUCACGGGGGUUGCAAUUCAGUCACAAGCUCAGGCUCUGUGAGAAUCCAGGGAUUUGCUUAAUGAAUUAUGUCUGCCACAAGCAUUGACCCUCAGAGAUCAAAGGGACAAGCAUCUAAAGUGCAAAAUGGUUCACUGCAUCAGAAGGACACUGUCCAUGACAAUGACUUUGAGCCAUACCUCACUAGUCAAUCAACUCAGAACAACAGUUACCAGUCCAUCACCGACCCUUACUUGCCAAGCUACUACGCUCCUUCCAUUGGAUUUCCAUAUCCCCUAAGUGAGGCUCCCUGGUCCACAGGUGGGGACCCCCCUAUUCCAUACCUCACCCCAUAUGGACCCUUGAGUAAUGGAGACCAUCACUUCAUGCCGGACACAGUGUUUGGCCAGCCAGGGGGCCUGGGAAGCAGUAUCUAUCCCCACAGGUUUAACUUUUUCCCUGAAAACCCUGCCUUCUCUGCUUGGGGGACGAGUGGUUCCCAGGGCCAGCAGACUCAAAGUUCAGCCUACGGUGGCAGCUAUAGCUAUCCUCCCAGCUCCCUGGGGGGCACUCUGGUGCCUGAUGGUCAGACAGGGUUUCACAGUGAUACCCUGAACAAAGCCCCUGGUAUGAACAGCCUGGAGCAGGGUAUGGUUGGCUUGAAGAUCGGUGGGGAUGUCACUGGUCAGGGGUCAGCAGUAAAGGCUGUAGGAUCUGUGAUUGGUGGACCUGCUGUGGCAGCCACAGGAAACGGAGCAACGCCGAUUGGAAUGCCCCCACCUAAACCCACCUCCUGGGCGGCCAUUGCCAGCAAGCCUGCCAAACCACAGCAGCUAAAAGCGAAGGUGAAGCCAGGGAUGCCCAACCCAGGGGGAGCUCUUCCCCCACCACCCAUCAAACACAACAUGAACAUUGGGACCUGGGAAAAGGGCCCAGUGACUAAAGUAGCCACAGCUCCACUGCAGCAACAGCAGCAGCCUCUUGGCCUGCCUCAUGCCAUGCCACCUCAACCCCCCAUGCAGCAAGGACCCAUGCAGCCCCCUCCUCCUCAGUCUUUGGUGCAACCCCAGAUGCCACCUAUGGCCUUACAGCCCCAGCCCCCCCAUCACCACCAGCCACCACCCCAGCCCUACCAAAACCACACCCAGCCCCCACAACCCCAGACCCGCUGGAUUGCUCCACGCAACCGUAACCAAGGUUAUGGCCAGGGUGGACCUGGCCAUGAUGGUAGUGGUGUGAUGGGUGUGGUUGGUAGUGGGAACAAUGGUCCCCAAGCAUCUUCCAGCCAAGGACCUGGUGGAGAGUCGCACCCAGUGCUGGAGAAGCUGCGGGCCUCCCAUAGCUACAACCCCAAGGACUUUGAUUGGAACCUGAAGAAUGGCCGUGUUUUCAUCAUUAAGAGCUACUCUGAGGAUGAUAUUCAUCGCUCCAUCAAGUACUCCAUCUGGUGCAGCACUGAGCAUGGCAACAAGCGGCUGGACUCAGCCUUCCGGGCCAUGAAUGGUAAAGGUCCUGUAUACCUCCUGUUCAGUGUCAAUGGCAGUGGUCAUUUCUGUGGUGUGGCAGAGAUGCGUUCACCAGUGGACUAUGGGACCAGUGCUGGUGUUUGGGCACAGGACAAGUGGAAAGGCAAGUUUGAUGUGGACUGGUUGUUUGUUAAGGAUGUGCCUAAUAGCCAGCUGCGCCACAUCCGCUUGGAGAACAACGACAACAAGCCAGUGACCAACUCCCGUGAUACCCAGGAGGUACCUCUGGAAAAGGCCAAGCAGGUGCUCAAAAUCAUUGCCACCUACAAACACACAACCUCCAUCUUUGAUGACUUCUCCCAUUAUGAGAAGAGACAGGAAGAAGAGGAAGAGGUGCGCAAGACUUUUGAACCUGCUCAGAUACAGAACCGCUCUCGGUUGGAUCAGGAGCGCCAGAACAGGAAUAAACAAUAGAAGACAUCUAUCCUUGGCUUGAUCAACAGUUACACUAGGACUUGAUUUAAAAGACAGAAGAUUAUGAAAAUGCAACCAAGCCCUUCUUUUUUUUUUUUUUUUUUUUUUUUAAUUUAAUCCUGGUGAAUCUGCCAUCAUUGACACUUGUGCUUUUUUUUUUGCCCCAUGUACCACCACGUUUUGUGCAGGGAUAACAAGCUGAUUUAAUGUAUUACCUAGCCACCACCACCACCACUCUCUUUAUUUCAGUUUUUUAUAAACAUUUUUCUUCCCAUUCCAUGACGUACUCUUCUCUCAACAGACUGGUUUUCUCUCUCUUGCCCACCCACUCCCCCCUCCUCUUUCCAAUUGAAUCAGGGUUUGACUGCACCAUGGAGGAAAAAAAAAAUCUGCCACUUUAUAUUUCAGUACAAUCAGGAACGGAUGUGUCCUGCCCCUAUUUGUCCAUUUGGGGGCAACAUUGCCAUGCUUCAGAGGUUUAACUGUGCCAACAGGGUUGGAGGAUCACAAAGGCAAUGUUGGACUUGGAACUGUGCGAUAAUAAAACUUCUUCAAGGUUUUAUCUAUUUUUCAUUCAGAUCGACAAAAUCUCUAUUUUUUGGCUUACUACUGACAAUUUUCAUUUCAGAAACCUGUUUUCUGGAGCCUUAACAUUUUUUUUUCUAAUUAUUGGUGACUUCUCAAAAGAACUGCUCAAACAGUGACACUGCUGGAGAAAUCAGGGAUAGUGUGAAGUCACACGGGACUCGAGACAUUUCAGAGGAGGAAUUGCAAAGGCCUCUGGGAAAGAAAUAAUGGAUGUGUCCUCCACAACCAGAACUCUCACCAUUUAAAUCAAAAAUUGUACUAUUGACAUCUUUCAAACCCCUCUGCUUUGCUUUCUUUUGAUGUUUGUCUUGAAGGGGUCCUUUGUAUGUUUCAUCAGGAGAUUCUGCUUGUGUACACAACCCAGUCUGAGAGAAUUGUCGCAUCCACCACCUUAAAUUACUUUAUCAGAUUUAUGUAAUGAUGUAAGUGCUGCAUUGAAUCAAUUGUUGCUAUCAUAUUUUUGUUCCACAAAAAGGGGGAAGGUUCCGAUAUUUGUCCAGUCACCGUCAUUCUGUCUUAAUCCUUUCUUUCUUUUUUCCUUUAAUUUGGUUUCGCUAAGUCUAUCAUGUUGGUCAUAAUGCUAAGCUUUAACGUAGGAGCCUAUAUAUUCAUGGAGAAAGCCUAAAAAUGUAUAACCUAAAAGUUAAUGUAACUGAUUUAAUAUCAAGUAAGAAAAAAAAUAAGAAGAAUGAGAUGUGGUUUCUGUGUGUUUUUUGGAUGUUGCGAUUAUAGUUUGUUCUAGACUGAAGCCAUUGAUUAUGAUACUGUAAACUACAUUGAGGUAUGCUUAAAAAAAAAAGAUUGGAUAUUAAAAAAUAAAAAAUAUUAAUAGA